GGGCGUAAUUGCAAUGUGGUAAAGAUUAGUUAAUAGGAUAUCCCACCUACGUAUCUCCGAUGGUUAGCGAGCGCGUGACAGACACCAUUUAGCUGUUGUUUAAGCCGUGUGUUCGUACAUUAUUUUGAUAGUUAAUUUUCCUCAAUUAAUUCGUUUAGUGUUACGAUGGUAUCGCGCGAUGUCAUUGAAUAUUUUGAUGAGCUUUAUUUUGUUAAAUGUAUCCGAGUGUUUCGGUUGUACACACGGUUGUCUAGUUCACCGCAGUUUCGUUGUGAAUAAAAUGUUCGUGACCUUUCUAGGCUUAUUGAUGUUGUCGUGUUUGGCGGGACAUUUAAGAUGUGAAGAACACAACCCUUAUAUGAAUACUUUAAAAGAAUUCAAUUGGAAGAGUGUACAAAAAUACGUCGAAGUUCGACCAGGCGCGUUUUUAUUCUACUGGUUAUAUUACGCGGAUGGUACAUCUGUUGAAGCUGAUAAAAAGCCGCUCAUCAUAUGGAUACAAGGAGGGCCGGGUCUAGCCGCUAGUGGGAUAGCAAAUUUUGCUGAAAUUGGACCUCUGGAUAUGAACAUGCAACCGCGAAAUCAUACAUGGGUGAAAGGAAGGAAUUUACUGUUAAUUGAUCAUCCAGUAGGCACAGGCUUUAGUUACGUGACGAACAAAUCUUUGUUAGUAAAAACUGACAGACAAAUGGCGUUAGACCUUACGAAAGUUAUAAAGGCGUUCUUUAAAACGCAUAAGCAAUUUCGUAAAACACCCACAUAUGUGUUCGGUCAGAGCUACGGGGGCAAACUGUGUCCGAGAUUGGGCGUUUAUUUGCAUACGUCGAUUGAAAAGAAACGUCUCAAGAUGAAUUUUCGAGGUAUGGGAAUUGGCAGCGGUUGGGUAGAUCCGAAGGAGAGUACGUUAGUGCAACCAAAUUUCCUCUAUAAUAUGGGAGUGAUCGAUAUCACGACGUACGAAAAGACGAGAAAUUUAGUAAAGAAAAUGAUUAAUUACAUUGAUAAAAAAGAUUACGUGUACACUGAGAAAUUGAAUACAUUGAUGUUUCGUAUAUUAAACAUGGAGGCUGGUAUGGAGAUAAACUUCAAUAACGUUAACCAAGCCAGUCCAUAUCCUGCGUUAGAUGAACUGGCUAGAAAAGUUAAUGAAUACGUCAAACCCACGCUUACGAUCGUCAAUCAGAGUUUGCAAUGGAACUACAUGUCGGAUGAGGCUUUUUAUACGUUAAAUAACGCGUUCUUCGUACCAUCAGCUUCUUUCUUAGAAAAAUUGCUGAACAAGACAUCAUUGAAGAUAGCUGUCUAUAAUGGCAACUUAGAUGUUGUGACUCCACUUGCGGGAGCGUCCAAUUGGGUGCACAAGUUAAGAUGGCACGGUGCUGAAGAAUUCAGGAAUGCUGAACGAGUACGCAUAAACGGUUAUAGAAAUGGAUUUUACAAAAAAGCAUACAGAUUGAGUUUCUGGUCCGUUUUCGGAUCUGGACAUUGGGUCCCUGAAGAAAACCCUGUUGCGAUGGAACAAAUAUUAAACUACGUCAUGUCUGAAGAAAUAUAAUAUUGUUUCGUUUUA